UCGCUUCCGCAACCCCCCCACUCCCCUCCACCUCCAGUGUCGGUGGCGUUGCUUCUGCCUACAGAAUCCAACAUGGAGUAACCAGAGAUGGGGCUCGUACGGGGCCAUCCUCACCGACAUCAACGCACGAUUAUCAAUUACCGCAUUUCAGCACUGGACGCGGCGGGAUUAAAUCGGUGGAGCUAUUCUAGGCGGAUUUAUGCGCUCCUGGAUACCCGCGAAUAAUUUAGGCGAAGUACUGUGAAACAAAAGGGGGGGAAACAAAAACAAUCAACAAAAAACGAUAGGAAAACUCGAUUGCUACAGCGUGUGAGAAAAGGUGUGCAGGACGAGGGAAAGUAAGAAUGAAGACAACACACCAUGUACCCGCUGUGGGAUAUUAUCGUAGGUGAAACGAAAAAAUGACAGAAGAAACACACCCAGACGAUGACAGCUACAUUGUGCGAGUUAAAGCGGUGGUCAUGACCCGGGACGACUCGAGUGGCGGCUGGCUGGCCCAGGAUGGGGGUUGCCUCAGCAGGGUGGGCGUCUGCAAGGUGCUGUCGUCGGAGCUGCUUGGCCGGAGCAGCUUCCUCAUCUAUGGCGAGCGCCUUAAAGACAAACAGGUGAUUUUGGAAUGCUUCCUGAAAAAGGAUUUGCUCUACACCAAGGCCACACCCACGUUCCACCACUGGAAGGUGGACAACAAGAAGUGCGGCCUUACGUUCCAGAGCCCGGCCGAUGCCCGGGCCUUUGACCGUGGUGUAAGGAAGGCAAUGGAGGACCUGACGGAAGGGUCCACCACCUCUUCUUCAACAAUUCAGAAUGAGGCGGAAUUGGGCGACGACGAUGUGUUCACUAAUGCCACUGACAGCUCCUCCAACUCGUCCCAGAAGAAGGAGCCUCCCAUGCAGGCCCUGGCACCGCCCAGCUUCUGUGAGCCCCGCAGGCACCACUGCAUCCUGGGACAUUUCUACGACCAGCACAGACCACAGGACCACUACUUUCUAGAUCAGCCCAUGUUCACCCGUCACGUCAGCUUCCAAGAGGAGGAGGAGAUCGUCCGCAUCAACCCCCGCGAGCGCACCUGGCUGACGGGCUACGAGGACUACCGGCACGCCACCGCCACACGCGACAAACUCAUCCAGCCAGAGGACGCCUACGUGCACUUUGCGAAAAGCGAGGCGCCCAAACACGACUACACCUACCCCUACCCCCUGGGCUGCGACCCGCAGCACGUCCGCGACUCCAAGUCUGGCUGCGUGGACCGCACCGGCAUCCCGAGGGCGGUGGUAACGGCCCAGCCCCGCGCCCUGCAGCCCAAGGGGAAGCGGCGGAAGGAGGACGGCGAGCGCUCGCGCUGCGUCUACUGCCGGGACAUGUUCAACCACGAGGAGAACGGGCGCGGGCGCUGCCAGGAGGCGCCCGAUCCCAUCCAGACAUGCAUCCACCGGGUCAGUUUCAUGUGGUGUGCAGACAGCCUGCUCUACCACUGUAUGUCGGACCCGGAGGGCGACUACUCGGACCCGUGCUCGUGCGACACCAGCGACGAGCGCUUCUGCCUCCGCUGGUUGGCGCUGGUGGGGCUGUCGCUGCUGGCCCCAUGCAUGUGCUGCUACGGCCCCCUGCGCGCCUGCUACCGCUGUGGGGUAGCGUGCCACUGCUGCGGUGGCAAGCACAAAGCUGUCGGUUGAGGCACGGCCUCGCUACAGUUGGAGGUCAGGACAGGGCAGAGGGAGCAAAGACUCAAGGGAGGGACCGGAAGAGGGGGGCCCUCUAUGCUUUUGUUUUUCCGUAUUUUGUUUUUUUGUUGUUGUUUCGUCUUCUCGCCAAAUUCCAGAUGGGAAAACAAUUGGCUCAUCAAGUUAUUUUCUAAAUGGACGUUUUCCUUUCGGUGGAAAGAAAGAAGAAGGGAAAAAAAGGUUCCCAUUGUUAUUUUUGUUUGUUUUUGUUUUCUGUCCUUGUUCUAUAGGGGUACCCUACGGCUUCCACUUACAAAGACUAAAACAAUGAAUAUUCAUUUAUAUAUAAAUAUAUAUAAACAGGUACUUUAUAUUUUUACACUCAUGUGUUUUAGAAGGCUUGAAUAUUUCUUUUUCUCAGUGUUGCGUGAGGUCAGAGUGAGCGUUUUUUGACGGACGCUCUGCUUUCCCUCGCCAUGGCUUACCAAUCGAAGAUCAAGCUGGUUCCUUCAUGUUAAUAGAGGCACUUAAAUCAACUGUGAUCAUGCCCCUCUCCCUAUUCCCCCCCCCUGCCACCUGUCAGCCAAUGAAACAAAAGAAAGGAAAACUUUAACUGACCUCAGACCAGAGUUUUUUAAUCAGGAUUCAAUGACCCUGACCAAAAAUAUUUUAUAAAUUCUCUUAAUCGCAGAUAAAUGAGAAGGCGAGGUUCAAUGUAAACAAAGCUGCUUGAUAAAUCAAUCAGAACAAAGAACACAAAAACAACAUGACGUGAUACUUGAGGAUUGGAUAAGGAAAUACUGCUUCAGACACUUCAUCUUUAGGGUGAGUGAGUGUGUGUGUGUGGGUGUGUGUGCGCUUUGCACAUGUAUGAGAAUCAGUGUCACGUGCAUACACUUGCAUGUGCAAGUAUAUGUGCUUCCUGUCUGUGAAAAGAGAAUGAAAAGAGAAUGGGCAACAAUGUAUCUCAAAAUACUAUUGUUGUGACUUUUAUGAAAGCCAAAACUUCAAAAUGAGGUGCAGCAAUUAUGUAUAGAAUCUAGCUAUUCAGUGACUUAGGGAGAGAGAAAAAAUCAAUCAACCUUUUUUUUUUUUACAAUGUAGGAAAAGACGCAAGGUGACUUUUUCAAAUUUGGUUAAUGUAAUGUUUUACAUGUUUAAUAUUCUUUGAAAUAGUUUUAUUUAUCUCCUUGCUAAAUUGAGACACCAGCCUAAGGGACGGAGGAAUUAUUUUGAGUCAAGUGUCCCGUUGUAAACCCAGCCAGGAGGAAACGAAGAGAUUUUGUUGCAUUUGAGAUGGAUGUUGUCCACUCUACAGUGUCAAUGGUGCUUUUGCAUUUAUUUAAUUUUGUUUGUCUUUCAAAGGAUACUCGACCACGCUAACUAUCAGGGAAUUGCUAUUAAACUUCAGUCAACUUAAGCUUGAGAGAAACCAACACUUGAACCUGGUUGCUCAGCUCCCUCCCCCCAUUCCUUAAAGAACAAAAGUGUCGAUAAAGAGUGCCCUAAAGUGCCAGCCCCAUUCAGGCUUAGAAUUUAACUUUUGGACACAAGGGAUCCAGUGAGUGUCCCAGGGCCAGUACUUGGAGGCUCUCUGUUUGCACUGAAAAAAAGUGGUUCAUCCAUGUCUCCAGUUUUAUUACCUUCAACCCCAUCAUGUUUUCUUUGUCUCAUUAUUACAUUACAACUUGUUGCAGGAGGAGCCUGAUGUUUGUCCAAUGAAGUCAUCAGUCAGGAAGACGGUGGCACAAACGUAUGCUUGAAUCGACAUAAUGCUUCUAUCAAGACAUGUAUGCAUGUGCGUGUGUAAGUACCUGUGCGAUUGGAAAGUAUGCAUGUAUGUUCAGCGGAAACAAAAACCAGCCUCAAAUUGAUACCACCCUGUAACCUUACCCUUAAUGGGAGGAACCUUUAAGGUAUAUCUUUCUCUGUAAAAAGCACAACACUAAUCAGAAAGGAAAAAAAACAACUUAUGAACAAUGCGCAAAUUGCUGUGAAGUGCCCGACCUUGAUUUGCAUUCAGUGUGGUAGACAGACAUCUCUGUACUGUAUAUUGCAGCCAUAGGUAAACUGAUCAUAACCAUCCACCUACCAAGCUAUUUCUGCAAUUGUAUGGGUUGUGUGACUAAAGUUGCGGGGUCUGUAUUAAAAGCUGUUGUUGUGUCCAUGUCUUUGUCUUUCCGUCCCCACCCCCACCACCUUCUAUUCCCCCAUUUCUCUACUGUAUGUUCCUGUUUGUCAAGCUUCGCAAUACUGUUGCCAUUCAUUGUAGAGAAGAUCCAAGUUUUAUUUUUCUAUCUGUGGUAAGAAAAGUUAACCAAAAGCAGUUUGUCUGUUUGGUGCAGUGUCUAGCUCCUGCACACAUUUAACUAUUAAAGGAAAGUGCCUGAA